AUGUAUUUGUAUGUUUAUUAGUUAUAAAAGUCUUAAUAAGGAGUUGAUAGAGGUAGGUAAUAAAAGCAAAUUGCCUUUUUUCAGCAACUUUUUUUUGCUAUCUACCUAGAAGAGGUUGAGGGAGAGCUUGCUUGGUUGGUUGGAGAAGUUGUUUUAGCUACCUCUACUACUUCCUUAAUACGUGUAAUACUCUAGUAUUAAGAGUACUAAACUAAGCAAAUCAUCGUAGUAACAACGACAGUAAAAUAUAAAUUAUUACUUCAUUCGUUACAUCCCAAAUUUUUAGGUUGACUUGCUGGAGCUGAAUAAUAAAUAAGUAUUUUUCAGCUCCAGCAAGUCAACCUAAAAAUAAAGACCAAAUCGAGCUACAACGCCACACAACUGCCGCUACUUGCCCCGUGGACAUCGACAAAAACCGUGCAGCAUGCCUUUGUGUGUGUGCGUGCAUACCAACGCACACAAACAGCCGCGCCGCAUACCGAGGCGCGCGGGCGCACCGAUCGCUUCGUUUUGCAUCGAAGCCUCAGUUCUAAAGCUACUUUUAGGGUCAUCAAACGCUUUAUAGAUUUAAAACACGUCAAAACUUUAUUCAACUAACAACCCUAUUUCUAUUUACAAAAACAGAACAGUGCGUGUAAGUGAGGUAUGAAGUGGGAAAGUUUGGGUUGAAACAAUUUCAACGUGUUAAGUUUAAAAUUAAGGUUGUGUUAAGUUUGUGGUUAAGUGAAAAGUGCUGGAUAACUAGGUGUGGUGACAUCAGUGCUAUGGCAGGGUUCGUGAGGGGUUGAAAGAUGUGGAAAAACACUUUCUACGUGAAAUCUGUAAGAAAAAAGGAGACCAGCGAAUAGGGUCUCACGAUGUCCAGCUGUUCCGGGCCCGGCGUGUGCGGCGGCGCACGCCGGCGGCCCCCGCCGCCUCCCGAGCCAGCUCUGUCGCUCGCCGCCGAUCUGAGUGAACUGAGCUUGGACCAGGGCUAUCACACGUUAGCUGACUGUGGACCGCCAAGAAGAAGAAGGGAUAACACCCUUAGUGAUGCUAUUUGGUUGAAGAUACUGUCGCAUUUAGAGGUUUCAGACCUCUGCCGCAUGUCACGCGUGUGUCGACGCUGGGCGCGACUGAUCUCGCGUCUCACCGCCAGGCCCGAGGUUUGGAAGAAGAUCAGAGCGGCCGGUCCAUUGGAGGUGGCGGCUCGCUGUGCCGGGGCGAGGGCGGGGCCUUGCGUCAAUGGAGUCAGGGAGUGGCGGGCGAAGAAUUCUGUGGUGACAGCAGCAGGCGCACAGAUCCUGGCCGCUACAUUCAGAAAUCUAACGCACUUAGCGGUCACAGGCUCAAGUAGUAUGGAUGCGCGCGCACUGGCGCCGCUCAUCACCGACCUGGUGGACUUGAGGCAUAUCGACCUUACCGGUUGCCCAUCCGUGGACUGGCCGGAGUGGGCAUGGCUGGAGGGCCGGCUAGCGACCCGUCGGCCACCGGUGGAAUACAUAGACCUCACGGACUGUGGAGCUGUCACCGAUGCUGGCCUGUGUGCGUUAUUGCACACGUGUCCUUCCCUGCAAUACCUCUAUCUUCGAAGAUGCACUCUAGUUACAGAUGGAGGUGUCCGGUGGAUCCCUUCGUACUGUGCGCUCAAAGAGCUCAGCGUGUCCGACUGUACGGGCGUCACGGACUUCGGUCUCUACGAGCUGGCGAAACUCGGCCCGGCACUGCGCUACCUUUCCGUGGCUAAGUGUACUCAGGUAUCAGACUCCGGAGUACGAACACUAGCCCGCCGAUGCUAUAAGCUGCGGUACUUGAACGCGCGCGGCUGCGGCGCGCUGGGAGAUGAUGGCGUGGAGGCUGUGGCUAGAGGAUGCUCCAGGCUAAGGGCCUUGGAUCUCGGGGCCACUGACGUGUCAGAGGCUGGUUUACAGAUCCUCGCCCGAUGCUGUCCCAACCUGAAGAAGCUGGCUCUCCGCGGCUGCGAGCUGAUCGGAGACGACGGACUCGAGGCAGUAGCGUACUACUGCCGAGGUCUGACGCAGCUCAACAUCCAAGACACGCCGGUCACGCUGAGGGGGUACCGGGCAGUGAAGAAAUACUGCAAGCGAUGCGUCAUCGAACAUACUAAUCCUGGAUUCUGUUGACGCUAGAACCUAUUGUAUCGAAAACCUGGUUUAAACUAAGACUAUUGACACCCCUGGAUGAAACACCCCUGGAAUAGCAGGCGUCCAUAGGCUACGGUGAUCGCUUACCAUUAGGCGGGUGGUAUGUUUGUUUGCCACAUAGCAUAAAAAAGAAAUGAAAACAAAACACAUCCAGGACACACCAGUUACGCUUAAGGGAAGAAAAAACUGCAGCGUACUACACACAACUGCCGUCACAUUGUGAAUAUUUUAUUUAUUUAGUAGUUGUCGUAAUAACAAAUGAUCUUGAUAUUUCAUGACAAGUGGCGGAACUGGGCCUGUCAGAACAUGAUCCUAUUCCUGGAUUUAUCAUUAACGAACUGUCCAGUCUCAAAGGGAAAUCGAGAUGUGCGUUGUAUCUGAAAACAGAUUCCAGUGGAUUCGUGGAAAACCAAUUUCCUUGCCUUGACAGUGGCAGCUUACACGUUUACUAAAGGUUGAAAAUGGUUUCAUCUUUUAGCAAUCGAUUAUGUGUUGGUAGACAACAAACACACUGGGAUAUAUAUUCAUAGUUCGGCUAUAUAAACACAGUUUAUUUGGCAAAAAAGUUUAUCCAUACUUGAUUUGCCUAAUUUUAGAAGCUGUACUCCAAAUUUGAAUGAUUAGGGUAUUUGACUGUAUUUAAAACAAAUUAUUUCACACCAUGCAUGAAAUAACCCACAACCUUAAUAGAGAAACAUAGACAGCAGUUAUUUUUAGAACUUGAACGUGACGUCAUUUGCUAGUGUUUCAUAUAAAUUCCAUAGUAGCAAAUCUAUGACCAGUAGUCAAAUACCCUAUUGGAAUUUUCUAAGGGGCUCAGCGUAGGCAGCAAAUUAAAUGUAAAAAUAGAAUCCACCCGAAUCUCUGAAUUAUGUAAUAAAGAGUUUAAAAGGGAGUAUUUUUGAUAAACGAGUUAUUAAAUUUUUUAUCAAAAUUUGAAAAGUUUGUCGUAGAGAUUACAACGCAGUGUUUGUGUACAUUAAUUAAAAUAUUUUGAAUAAUAGUGGAUGUAGCGUUUUCGUUGCUACAUCUGGUAUGUCAACCUGUAACGAUGUAAAUUGAACACAAUGAUUAAAAUAACUGUUGUUAGGAUUCCGUACCCAAUGGGACUCUGUUACUAAGACUCCGCUGUCCGCCCAUCUGUCCGUCUGUCACCAAGCUGUAUCUUAUGAACCGUGAUAGUUAGAGAGUUGAAAUUUUCACAGUUGAUGUAUUUCUGUUGCCGCUAUAACCACAAUAAUAAAGUACGGAACCCUCGGUGGGCGAGUCCGACUCGCACUUGUCCGAUUUUUUAUUAUUAUAUUGCACUUAACGCGCAUCCCUCGUGAAAUAAA